AAGUGUCAUCUGUGAUUUUACGAGUGUUUAUUAUUUGAAAAUGACGGAAGAGAAAAUUGGCUCGUUAGAGGAGGAAGCUUUGAAGAGAAAAGAACGACUUCAGGCGCUCAAACGAAAGAAUGAAGAGGGCAAAGAAAAUGAGAACGACACAGUCGAAAAUUUGCCAAAGCCAAAAUUUCGGAGUUAUAAGCCGCAGGACGAAAGUUUGAAGAAUAAUGUGAUAGAGGAUGCGAAACCCGGCGAUGUGGAAGCUGUAGUUCAGGAGCAACUGGACGCUGCGAACAGUAAAGUGGUUAUCGAGGAACUGGAUAUCAGUAAUUUAGCACCGAGAAAGCCUGAUUGGGAUCUGAAGCGAGAUAUAGCCAAAAAAUUGGAAAUAUUAGAGAGGAGAACGCAGAAAGCGAUAGCAGAAGAAGUGAGGGCACGUCUCAAACAAGGCCAACAAGAUUUAGCAGCUUACUCCAAACGGUUACGUGAGGAGUGUGGGGACCGUCGACGUGACACCGUCUGGAAAUCCUUGGCUGAUUUAAAGUGAUUAUCUUGAGAAUGAUGAACAUCCUCGGCGUCCUUCUUCCAUUACGCAAAAUCUUUAUUGUUGCACGUACGAUUACGUGAGACACAUGCAAGAGAGACAUCGUCUACAGAGGUCCGAGACAUCUGACGAUAACGCGAAAUUUCGAAAAAAACUGCAACGUUAUGCAUGAUAAAAAUAUCUCGCGAAAUCGAAUAACAAUCGCUACUGGUCGAAGAAUCGGUAAAAAAUGUUACAUCUUAAAAGUAUCACCUGCUUGUUUUUGAACAUAUAAUAAUAAGGAUAAUAACAUAUGUAAAUCAAAGAAACGAGGGAAUUGAAUUUAACCAACUGCGAAAAAGGCUGUUCAAACAAUGGCCUUCAAACAAUAGUCUAUUCUAACAAUAGACUGAAAUAUAUUCAGAAAAAGAUGAACGUUCGUGUAGACGCGAUUACGAUUCCAUUAAUUUUGUAUAACAAAAUCACAGAGAUCGAUAUUGCGUGGCUAUGCGAAUUGUCCCAAAGUUACUACGUCUGUGACAAUUUGACAGAACGAUGCAAACUGUAUGUUUGCGCAUGAGGCCUUCACUUAUAAUUUAUCGUUAGAAUUUCUCUUUAAAGUUAAAUGCAUGACGUUUUGCUUUACACAUUAAGCGAUUUUACUCGAUUACGCUUUAUAAUUUCAAACUUUUGAAGCGUGUAACUUUCGAACAUCAGCUUUCGCAACAUCGUCUGUACUUGAUUAAAAAAAAAUUCUUUCACUAAAUGUGCCUUAACAUUCCAUUUGUCGAUCCAUCAAAUAUUGUCUCUUAGGAUAAUGCAUACAUGCGUAUCGCUUGUAAAUUUACAUUUUUACGAUAGCAAACAAGCCUCGAAAGCGAUAGCAAUGUUUCGUGCUUGCGUUACAACAACGUGUGAUGAUCAUCAGGGAUUAUGCAAUUCUCAAGUUCUAGGUCCUUUCUUUAAUUACAACUGAUUACUCGUCAAGACGCGCGUCUUAACGACAGCAGAAAUGGCGCACGCAGGCACACACAUAAAAACCGAUAUAAAAUGAUAAUACCGUUUCGAUACCUGCAUGGCAACUUUUAUCAGACGACUCACUAAGAAAAUAUGAGACAUUAGUCUACCUCGAAAGGAUUAGUUGACAAUCACUUAACGGCGUAAUGGAUUACGAAAAAAGUGUCGCUUCAGAUAAAAAUUCAAUUUUUUCCGCUCCGAACAACGCAAUAAUACAUAAUUCUGUUCAAGACUGUUGAAGAGAGUUUUCUGCAUUCAAUAUGUAAAAUUACUCGAUCGGAUGAUGCAUGGGAUACAUAUACAACUACAUUUAUUUGUGGUGAUUUAACUUAACAUAAUGAUUCGCCUGACGUGUGUCACGAGAAUAAUCCGUCAAAUUACGCUCAUCACUUUUGCACGAUGAUCAUUAUAUUUGUAUCAUUAGUUAUAACGAUUGUUUCUACAGUUUGACAUAGCGUUCAUACAAUAUUGAAAUACAUAUUGAAGUAUUGGAAACGGAAACUUGCGAAAAUACCUGCUAAAUUAAAUUAUUAUUGAGCUCUGUUACAUAUAGCAGAAUCUCUGUUGAUAAAAUUAUAAUUGGCAUCUUAAUCGCACGUCCUGUAUUCUCUGUAUGAUGUUUUGCGGUCAUCUUCAGCAAUAAUUUCAAUGUAUUAAUGCACUUCAUCAUGUGCACUAAACAUUCAUCUCUUAAUAAUACUAUUCGGGUAUUGUAGUUGAAAUUUAAGUCACGUGUCUGAUAUAUACAUUAAUCGACUUAAUGAGGCAGAUAAUUUAUUUGUUUUAUUUCGUUUUACUCGCGUGUAGCUGAAUCACAUUUUAUUGUACUCGAAAAUAAAAAUACGUCUGUAGCAUGAUGAUUUUGGUAAGUUAUACAUUAUUGCUUGUUAUCGAGACACAAUAUUUUCAAUCGCGAGAUUCACAUAUGACAAGCUUGCAGGAAACAUCGGAUAAUUUUAUUAUUGUCUUCAUUAUCAUUGUCUUCAUAAUCUCUCGUUGAAGCUAAUGUCGUGAUUUUAAUAUUUUCUUUGUUACUAACAAAUAAUCAUCGCAACUCAUUGUCAGUCAAACAGACAUACAAAUAUUUUUCUACAAUAUUUAACAAGAACUUGAUACGACCUCUACGUAUAAAACAACAUCAAUUUUAUGUUCAACAGUUUUAUGAUAUUAUUCUGUGUAAUCAUUAAAACGACUAUAAAGUACUAAUAUCUUAUCUGAUAUCUUAUUUUUAAAAUCUUAUUUCUAAAGUCA